AUGGAUGACACUCGCAUCAAUUGGAUUCUCGAGAACCGCAGCAAGUACUACGAGGUGUUGCAAGUUCCCAAAGAUGCGGAUGAGAGAACCAUUCGACGCAGCUACCAUAGUUUAGUUCUUCAGCUUCAUCCCGAUAAGAACCCAAAUAACCCGAGGGCAAGAGAGGCAUUCUGCGCCGUCGCCCGCUCUUACGAAGUGUUAAUGGAUGGGAAAUUGAGAUAUGUUUACGAUACCCAUGGUGAAGAGGUUUUAAAUAGGUGGGAAUCAUCGGAGCUGUUCUCAUUGUCAGAAGUCGCACUCCGUCUCGUGCACUGCGCGUCAGCUAAGGUGCUUUACCACGCAGCGUGCCGCAUUCAUGCCACCGAAACUCUCUGUGAAAAAUUUUCAUGGACGGAGCCAUUUUUGCCGCAGGGGCAUAACGACAUGUUUGAGAUAAGAUUUAAGGUGAAGCGCAGGGCGUCUAGGCGGCUUGGCGAAAGAAAUUUUCUAGUGGUUCUGCUCAUGUUUAUACUUGCCACACUAAAGACCCCUGUAUUGGACGCGUGGGAAAGGUAUGGAAGAAUAGAAGGGACUGGUGGGAAUACUUACAGUAGUUUGGCUGGUAGCGGUCGUGAUGGAGACGUCGGCGCCACAUUUGUUUACAGUGCGGCAACAGAAGGUGGAGUGAAGGGCGUUACCGUCUGGCGGCCCUCAACAGUGAGUGAGGCGAUAGCCCGGAAGCUUGUGCAGCAGUGGAUUGAGAAGGUGUGUCCUGUGGAGUUACUCUUAGCUUGGGCGUCGCGAGAGCGCUACGAGGUGACCGCUACGAUUCGUGUGCGGAGGGGGCUAAAAGCUGUGAAGGCCCCUGAUCGCUCCGCGAAGAGGAAGUGGCCACGCAAGUUGUGGAGUCCGAAGUUCAAUGACACGUUUUCCGUGACAUCGGCGGAUCAGCUGUUCGUUUCCUCUCCACUUUGUGUUUUAACUGAUUGA